GAGGCUGGGUGCCGAAUUUAAACACAUCGCUUUUUAAAAGUUUAUAUAGUUUUUUUUAAAUGUGAUGGUUGAUUUUCUAACUGAAAAGGGGAAAAUUAUACACAAACAGUUUGUGCUCUGGGAAUGUUAUACAUACGAUUAAAGUGAUAUUUUAAUUUAAGUUUACUGGUCGAUGUAUUUUUUUUUCGUGUUUUCUUUGUAUCUAUAUCAAAUUGUCGGCUUUUUCUUAUUGAAACAGAAAGCUUAAUUUAAACUCAUACGAGAGACGCCAUUUUUAUUCUCUUCUUCAUUAUGUGGACGCGAACAUUUAAAAAGUUUAUCAAGACAUAUCGUGGAGAUGUAUAAGUUUUAAAAAGUAUAAUUUUGACAAGAUCUAUGCUGGCUACUUGUGUUAUAUAUCGGUGGAUUUUUUUACUAUAGUAAAUAAAUAGAUAAUAUUUGGUGUGUUACAGAUAGAUCUAUUAUAAAAGUUACGCAAAUGCAAUGAAUUCAACUGAUGAACGACCUUCCCCGAUGGGUUCUGAAGCAAAAAAUACGUACGUGGAAAAUCCGGUGAACGAAGGAAAGGAAAAUCUUCCAAGCUAUGAGAAAUGGAAAAAAAGUUUCCAAGAACUUCUCGAGGACGAUGAAGGCUCGAAAACAUUUUAUGAAUUCCUAGAAACGGAACAGUUAGGUGUGCUGUUUGAAUGUUGGUACAGUUGUGAACAAUAUAGAAAUUGUCCUCCGAAUAAAGCUACAGCCAAAGAGGUUUAUUCUCGUUUUGUACGAAUCAAAGAUUCACGUGUACCCAUAUCGGAUCAAGCUCGUAAUAACUUAGCUAUGCGUCUGCGAGCGAAUAAUAUAACUGAAAAUAUACUAUCUGAAAUCGAGCAAGAAGUGUUUGGAAACUUAAGAGAUAUAUGUUACCCUAAGUUUUUAAAAUCAGACUUUUUUACGUUUUAUUGCGAAACAAGUGGGCAAGUCCAGUACAAUGCAAGCGAUUUUCAUAAGUUUGGAAAGCCGUCGUCUUCGAUGAAGCGAACUUCAAAUUUAGAAGUGUUGCACGAGCAUGGACAUCGCAACGAGCAAAGCAAUGAACAACAAUCCGCUUUGACACCUUAUGAAAAAGAUUUCGUUCGCACACCUAGCUCAUCAAAAAUUUGUUCAGAUACACAAAGUUUUUACUCAGAUACGAUAAAUGACAGUGACAAAUUAUCUAUGGCUGAUUCAAGAACCUCUUGUGGGUCAACAGGACAUCCACGUAGUGUUCGAAGCUGCAAUCAUGAUCAGCUUCCCGAUUUGGCGAACUUUAGGCCGCGUACUCAACGCCUCAACCAAGAAAGGCUCAGGCCUUUAAAGCCAGAUCAAUUUGCUGCACAGCUAACACAGAAACUUCUCAAAGUAAUCAAUGAUCGUGAACUAGAGAAGCAUCAAUAUCCAGAUAUGCCACAUCAUAUUGAAUCAAAAGCUGUUCAAUCUCAAUAUUCUUCACACUACAAUCCUCAUGAAACUGAUGCUAGUGAAUUCGAUACACAAUCUUGGAUUAUGCCACCAGCAUCUGAUCGUUAUAGUGUUGCUGGUGCUUCUUCUCAUAGUGGCUCUGGUGCUAACAUGGAAAGGGAUAGAAACAUAAAAGACAAAGCAAAAGAAUUACGUAAUGCUGUUCAUCAUUCCCUGAGAAAUAAUUUAGGUGAAUGUCAGUGUCAAGCUUGUUUUGAUAGAAUACGCCAUGAAAAGCUUUAUAGUGAAAAUCAUGGAGGAUCUUGUUACAAGCAUGAUAAAGUUACCCAAAAUAAUAGAUAUCAUAACCAGCAACCAUGUUGUUGUAAAAGUAAAGACUCUUAUUGUAAUCACAAUAUUCCAAACACUUAUAAUAAUAAACCUAAUCCUGAGUUACAUAGAUAUUAUAAAGGGUAUGGAGAGGAACAUGGUAGAGAUAUUGAUGCAUUACCUGUUGAUAAAUCAAAGAUUUUUGCAUGGAUGGAAAAAAACGAAAAAUAUAAAACACAAUACCCAGAACCUUCACCAUCUCCUGCUUUACGACGUAAGAAACAACCUGUUGUUUAUGAUAAUUCUAGAGUUCAACCAAUUGCACAGGAUCUUGGCAUGCCUUUAUUACCACAGCCAGAUACUGGAAAUGUACUAGAGGAAGUUAAGCGUGUUUUGGAAGAACCAAUAAGAGGCUCUACAAAGAAGCAUCAUCACGCAAGGACUCGUCCUCAUCAAGUUCAGUCCUCAGGCUACUAUCCUGAGCAGCAUUCAACUUACAGUGAUGCUUCUCAUGAACACACUGGAAGUGUGGCUUCUGGAAAUUGGUCACAUUCAGACUCGGCUUCUAUUCUUUCAUAUAAUCCUUCACAAAUCUCUACUGUGCCUUCCUCUGCGUCAAGACUAUGGAAUAGCCAAGGUUAUUACGAAUCGAGAAGUGACGUUAGAGUAGAUUAUAAAAGUGAAGCCAGAAGUCACAGUACAGGUCGUCACGGUUCCUUACACGGCAGUUCGGUUCGAAGCGAUCAUCGUGGCAGUAAUGCCAGAAGUGACUUUCAUAGUGACGUUAGAAGCCAUAGUACUGGCAGGAGUCAUGGUAGUGAUAACAGUAAAAGUCGGUCAAAAAAUAUGACGACAGUUACAUAUUACUUCGGCGUUGAACCUAUUCCAUAUCGGAUAUCUAUACCGACUUACGACGUCACUCUUGGACAAUUCAAACAGGAGACGAAAAAGGGAAAUUAUCGUUUCUUUUUCAAAACAUCUGACGACGAUGGUGAAGUUGUGUAUGACGAAAUAAAAAACGAUGACGAACUCCUUCCACGCUAUAAAGAUAAAAUAAUCGGUAAAGUUGAGAAACUAGAAUAAAUUAUCUCUCUAUAUAUAUAUUCUUCGUCUUUUCUAACUCUAUUUUUUAUACAUAUGUACACAGCUCUAUGUUCGGACAAAGAUUUUAUACGAACGUGUAUAUCUUCUCUUCGUUAAUGCUACUGCAGUUGCUCGUUAGUGUCAGAUUUUUGUCCUCGUUAUGUUCGUUUUUUUUUUGUUUAUUGUAUCUUUAUUAGCUGUCUAACAGCAACUUUUAUGUGGAUAAAAAGUCGACUUUGUGGAGAAAAAUGUAUACGUAUCGAUUUCGAUAUUCUGUUAUCAAAUCAAAUCAUUUGAUUUUUACCUCGAUUUGAAUACAUAAAAAGGAGACAAAUUGGCUACCUUACGAGAGAGAUUUUUGCGAAUUUCGCCAAAAAAAAUUACGCAAUUUUCUCAAUUUUUUUAAAAAAGUUUAAGUUCACAUAUCUGCCAUGUAUAGUGCUUGGUAAACCAGAAGACAAAAAAAUGCAAAUUGUUUUCAAAAAGAAAAGAAAUCCAAAGUUCGCCGGUUUAUUUUAUGUUCGUGAAAUUGACAAAACCCCGCGAAAACUAAUUCCCGCGAAAAUUGCCCCUCUUAAGGUAGAGUUGUGGUGUAUCUUUUUUAUCAUAGUCGACUGUAUUUCAUACGCUUCAAAAAAGUUACAAGUGUUUUGUAUUUUUCUUUCUUGUGUAUAUUAAAUAUUGUGAAUCUAGAAAUGUUUAUUUUUUUAUUUUGUAUUCUUUUUUUAAAUGUUGGACGUAUCAUAGAAUGUUUAAAACCUCUAUGUUUGCGUUCAAAUCUGUACUCACACUCAUUUUUACACAGUGAAAAAAUAUAAACAAAAACAUAUUCUA